GGAAGGGUGGUGCACGGUAGGAAGGAAAGAUAACCCACAGUAGUUUCAUUGCAUCCGAUUUCUCCGUUCCGCGCCGGAUCGGAAGUCCUUCUCUUCCUAUUUUUCUCCUCACUCCGCUUCAGCCCAGAUCGAGGGUAAUCCCUAGUCCUCGUCCCACUCCCAUACCAGGAGAGGAGAAAUCGCUUCUACAAUUUGUCGACGCGGAGAUGCAGAUCUUCGUCAAGACUCUCAAGGGCACCAAUUUCGAGAUCGCGGUAAACCUGGAGGACACGGUUGCUGAUGUGAAAAAUAAUAUAGAGAACUCACAAGGAAAAACUGUGUACCCUGCAGAUCAACAAAUGCUCAUAUAUCAAGGGAAAGUUCUUAACGACGAAACAACCUUGGCAGAGAAUAAUAUUACUGAAAAAUGUUUUAUCGUGGUCAUGCUGAGAAAGGCCAAGGGCUCAUCAACUGGGGCUUCAACAACCAGCUCUAUGCCAGCAAGUCAGGCCAAAAGCUCGACAAGUGGGGCUUCAACAAUGAGCUCUGUACCAGAAAGUCAGGCCAAGAGCUCAUCAAGUGGGGCUUCAACAACCAGCUCUAUACCAGCAAGUCAACCUACAACUGUUAGCUCUGCAGCUGCUAAUCCUUCUAUCACAGCACCAGCGCCAGUGCAAACCCUACCUCCGUUGCACGCAGCAUCACUUACUUCUGCAGAUGCACCAGCUUCUGCAGUUAAUGCAUCGACUGUUGUCAAUGCAUAUGAUCAAGCAGCAUCAAACCUUGUAGCUGGCGAUAGCCUCGAACAAACUAUCCAACAUAUUCUAGAUAUUGGUGGAGGGACUUGGGACAGGAACACUGUUGUUAGGGCAUUGCGAGCUGCAUUUAAUAAUCCCGAGAGAGCUGUUGAAUAUUUAUAUUCUGGCGUUCCUGAGCGAGCGGAGGCUCCACCUGUUGCACGGUCUCCCACUGGGGAGCAGGAAGCAGCCAACCGUCGUGUUCAGGCACCGCAGCCAGUACAGCCUUCGGUUCCAUCAGCCGGUCCUAAUUCAAAUCCUUUGAACCUCUUUCCUCAGGGUCUGCCCAGCGUGGGAUCAAAUGUUGGUAGAAGUGGCCUUGAUUUUAUUCGAAAUAGUCCUCAGUUUCGAGCGCUGCAGACAAUGGUGCAAGCAAAUCCUCAGAUUCUCCAGCCAAUGCUUCAGGAACUUGGCAGGCAAAAUCCACAGGUUAUGAGGCUCAUUCAGGAUCAUCAAUCUGAAUUUAUAAACUUACUUAGUGGAUCAUCUGAGGGAGGAGAGAACAAUCUAUCAGGCCAGUCAGCUGAAGCAGAGCCUCAAACAGUAACUGUUACUCCGUCGGAGCGUGAAGCAAUUCUUCGGCUGGAAGCGCUGGGCUUUGACAGGAACCUCGUCCUAGAAGUUUACUUGGCCUGCGAUAAGAACGAGGAGCAGGCCGCAAAUUACCUUCUGGACCACAUGAAUGAUGAUGAUGACCUCGAUCACUGAUUAAAAUUAGUCCCCCGUCCUCCGUUGUUUGCCUUCUGUUGUUUCCCUCUUUUUGAGUAUUGUGUGCAAAUAAGUCCAUCUCUUUUUCUGCAAUUCAAGGAAGUGGUAGUGUUUUUUAGACCUUUAUACAUUAUGCAAGUAGCUUAUAGCACAACUGUGUAUACAUUUUUUUGGGGAAAAAAAUUAGAUCAGAAUAUCUGAUUAAAAUUUAGUUAAAAAUUAGUCUGAAAGGUGUUUGUUUUGCAUUGAAAUGAAUUUAUCGUGGAUGGACUAUUAUUAUUUUUUUUUAGUAUUCAUCUCAAUAUAAAUCAAAGCUUUUGACUUGUUUUUUAAACUAAUUUUGUUCAGAUGUGCUGGCUAAUUUUUUCCCCC